CGUCGGGCCUAAAUCAGCAAUCGCUAUUGUGAAUCUGCGAAAAUAAUGAUCAAAACAAAACUCCCAAGCACACAAUUGUGACCAACACGAAAAAAAUUGAUUAAUUUUUUAUUACGAGAAAAUUCAGCAAACAUCAUUUUAUUUGAAAAUAAUUUAAUACUUACGACUGAUAAACGCUAGGGAUUGUCAUCAAUCUUCUAAAUCAUACAUCGAAACAAAUAUGUCACUCGCACGCGUACCUCAGCUGCGUAUUGUACAGCGGGAUCUGAAAUGUCGACAGGGAUGCGGAUAUUAUGGAAAUGCUCAAUUCGACGGACUCUGCUCCAAAUGUUUUCGCGAACGUAACGAAAAAAGAAAGAAAGCCGAACAAAAAGCAGCCACACCUACUACAAAUGCUCCAGCUGCUGCCACUUUUAGCAGUGGAGCUGGACGUUUGUCACCACAAAAUCUCUUGGGUCGUUCACUAAAUAAACGACAGGAAAGUAUGCCAGAAAUUUCGACUGGCACUCUUACAAAGAAGAAAUCUCUAGUGCCUGCCGUAUUUCAAAAAACAUUACAAUCGAGUACACAAAAGAGCAAAAAAUUAAAGCAAGAGGCAACAGGGCAGAGGUCAUAUGUUCCAGAUCCUACCGAGAGUCAGUUCAUGCUUCAAUUGCGUCAAUUACGCAUACCGGACGAUGGCAAACGUAAAUUGAAGAGCGAGAUACAACGUUUGGAUAAUGCCAUUAGAAGCUAUAUGAACAAUAAUGCUAACAAGAAUAUAGACGAGCUUUCAGAAAUGGUGCAAAAUGCAUAUACUAAGCUCGCAGAUAUUGUGCACAAUGAUCAGCGUUUUCAAAUUGCUACCAAUGAAGAUCGCGAAAGUGCUAUAGAUUUCUUUGAAAAAGUUGUCAUGACACAAAAUCACAAAUUUCUCUUUAGUCCGUAUUUUACACCCGAUGAAGAAAACGAUGUGAAAAUCCAAAAACGGAUACGUCAACUUAGUUGGAUAACGGCGAAACAUUUGGUAUGUAGUAUUGACGAAGUUAAUGCAGAAUCCCGUGAUCUAGUUUACAAUGCCAUAACUGAGCUAGUAGGAAUCGAUUCUUAUUACUCGCCUCAAGAAAAACUUGAAUGCACAGUACGUUGCUGUCGUCAUAUCUUCGAAUUGCUUAAACAUUCAGUUGGGGGGCCCGCAAGUGCCGAUGAAUUUCUACCCGCGCUUAUUUUCGUCGUCCUCAAAGCAAAUCCAGUACGACUACAUAGUAAUGUAAAUUUUGUUACGCGCUUUACUAACGCAUCAAGACUAAUGAGCGGCGAAGGGGGCUAUUACUUUACAAAUCUGUGCUGCGCAAUCUCGUUUAUUGAGAACUUAAACGGCGAAAGUCUGGGCAUCUCGGAAGAAGAGUUUGACUCGCUUAUGUCAGGCGACAAAGCAUUUAGUACACCUUGGGAAAGUGCUUUGCUGGCGUGUGAGGGUUUACAUUUAAUAUCCGAAAAUAUGAAGCGUAUGGAGUCUUUGAAGAAACGCAACAGCAGUAUCGCAGCUGGUAUAGAAAAUUUCCGUAGAGACCUUGAAGAAUUCCAGCGCGAAAUCAGCGAUAAAGUGGACGCAUGUAUUUCCAAAGCCCCGCUAACAAUCCUGCCCAUAAAAACGCCAUCUCAUCUAAUCAGUAAAGCACGCGCACAUCUUUCCAAUGAAAGUGAAGUAUCCGCAUCGCUGGGACAUUAUAACGCUAAUUUGAUCGCAGCUAUUAGAGCCAAAAGUCAACCAUCCAAAGACAUUGCAGAAAAAUGCCUUCCUAUUCCCCUAUCGUCUACAAAUACACUGGAAGAAGCUACUAUAGAAGACGCUGCCCACACAUUGGCGCUUAAGGACACCAGUAUUACUUCAGUGGGCCGUUUGUCACCUCUACCACAGGCACAGCCAAAUGCAGAUUUACUAUUUACGUCCCCUAUUUUCAACUAUACACCUUUUGAUGCAGUUUCACUGCUAGAUGAUCACUCUGACUCCACUGAUGAUUUUGUACUCAAUACUGAUCUGCGAGGCGGGCUUACGAAUGUAAAUUAUGACUUUGACUUGUCUGAUCAUAGUGCAGAAAAUAGUGUCGCCGAGGACUUGAAGCUUAACUUGGAAGAGUUCGAUCCCCUUGCUCAAAAGCCAGAAGAAGAACCAGGGACCGUAAUAUCAACAGAUUUAAAAACACCAGAUAACAAUAUUAGUUUAUUGGACAGCGAUUCACCAACAAAUGGAACAUUGCUGCCAUCUCCACUCAAGCCUACUGUUACUGAUUACCGUGGUUUCUCUCGUUUCGAAAUUCCUUCGAUUUCGUGCAAUACCGGAGACUUCGCAUCACUCAAUCAUUCAAUAAAUGAACAGAUUGAUAAUUCUGGACCACCAAGCGUAUUAUCUGAAAAGGGAUUUAAGAUUUAAGCUUCGGAGUAGUUUGCAGUGUAACCAUUGGUGAUGCAGGCAUUAAUGCUUCUAACCAUCAUACAUUUAUAUAUAAAAGUAAGCGGAUAGAAUGCUUUCGACAUAUGAAAAUAAAAGGCUAAAGGAGGAACUGUU